AUGGCUGAAUCAUCGUUGAAGAGACAGAAGUUGUCAACUGAUAGUUAUGUGGCACAAACUAUAUUGCCAAUGAAUGACUUAUAUAAAGAAAAGUAUUCAAUAAGUAAAGGUGAACAUUCAGUAAACUCAAUCAAAAUAUCACCAGAUGGGACCAAAUUUGCUACAGGAUCAUCAGAUACGACGGUUAAAGUAUUCAAUUUAAAUGAUGGAGAAUUGCUUGCUGAAUUGAUAGGCCACACAAAAGGUAUAUCGGAUAUUGAGUUUUCGCCAACUAACUCUAAUAUAAUAGCCUCAUGCUCAGACGAUCUUACCAUUCGACUUUGGUCCAUUAAGAAAAAACAAUGCCUCAAAGUACUUAAAAAACAUACUUAUCAUGUAACAGCUGUAAAAUUUAGCCUGAAAGGUAAUAUAUUGAUCAGUGGGUCCGCAGAUGAAACUAUAACUAUUUGGGAUAUAAUAUCAGGAAUAACUUUAAAGACUUUGGCUGCCCACUCUGACCCAGUACUGUCAUUAGCAUUAACGCCAGAUAGCACAAUGAUAGCGAGUGCGUCGUAUGACGGUUUAAUGAGAUUGUUCGAUCUAGAAACAGGCCAAUGUUUAAAAACAUUAACUUAUAAUAGUUCGAGUCAUGGAACCGCAACCGCAUCUACUGCUGACGUUGUAAAUUUCCCUAUUUCAAACGUUGAGUUCUCACCAAAUGGUAAAUACAUAUUGAGUUCAAGUUUAGAUGGUGUAUUGAGAUUAUGGGACUACAUGAAUAAUAAAGUUAUCAAGACAUAUUUAGGCCUAGAUGGCGGAGAGGUUCCCAUAAGUGAAGCGUACAAUUGCAGUGCCAAAUUUAUAACGAAAACAAAAGAUCCGUUGAUAAUUUCAGGCUCCGAUAAAUCUGGGAUAUUGGUGUGGGAUGUCCAAUCCAAGAAGAUAGCUUACCAGUUUGAAAAUUCAGGUGAACCUGUUUUUGAUAUUGAUACAUACGAUGAGGGCAGAAUAAUUGCAGCUUGCAGCAAAAAUGGGGCUGUAAGUAUAAUGGAAAUGAAUCCCAAAUAUUUCAAACCAACAGAAAUGAACCCCGAUGCAAGUAGUUUACCCGAAUCACCUGCAAGCAGUUAA